CCUGAUUCAGAUCGACUCAUGCCAAGGCAUUGUAUGUAGGUGAAUACUAGGUAAGGUAGUUACUAACGUGACAUAUGUACUUCUAUGCUAUCCUAUACACAAGGGCGUGUUCUUACACAGCAGUCACGAUAUAACCUGUUGAAGAACACUAACAAAAUGAGCCUGUUGUUUUAUUCCUGUUUUAGCACACCUACACGUCCCGGAAACGUGUCAUUAUUCAAACAUGUUCUCUAAGCAGUACUUAUAUGCCGCAAAGUCCGGCUUCUAUGGAGUAUUGCUUGAUCAUACGAACUAUACAUAACACAAAACAUACACCAGAUACUACAUACACCACUUAUCAUAAGCAUUUUCGCUUCAUCAAUAAUAAUGUCUUCCGCAGAAGCUACAGUCGGAGCAUCCUCACAAGGUCCUUCCUACCGGGAGAAGCUAAAUAAUAUAGGGGACAUCACGCCUCUUAACGCACCUUUGAUAUCGUGGGGUGGGCAGCGCGGCAGAUCACCUACAGAGUAUUUAAAGAAUUACAAGACAUCCUACACAAUCCCUUUCGGCUACAAAGUCGCGACAUGGCGACAGAAAUUCUUCGGCGGGGGGGAUAUGAUGUUGCCGUUUUCUUUCCGAACAGAGCCCGAAAUCAAGCCCUCUAAGCCUAAUGAGCCAACUAUAGUACUCCUCUUCUAUCCGCGCCCCGAUGAAGACGACGCAAGACCGAUUCAUAGAUCCGCAUCGUACCUUCGACGGAUAGACCGGAUUGCCAGAAUGGGAGAACAGACCAUCAUCUAUGUGCCACCGGAGUUGAAGGCCGCCGUUCAAGGCAUGCGCGGUGAUGCUUAUUGGCACGUUAUCGAUGAUUACCCGACGAUUUGGGACAUGCCCAACAACGCGUAUCAGAAGGAUAACUUUGCGACCAAGCAGCCCGCGCUCUUCGAACAGUUCGAUGGGUACACGGAUGCGGACGGGGACCUGAGACCCGAGCCGCGGUACAAUCGUGCACAUCAUAGCGCUGUGUGUAAUGCGAAGGCAUUCGUCAUGUAUGAUGCUAUCAUGCGCAAUCCAUUCGGCUCAGACGACUGGAUGUACGUCGAUGCCGGGUUCCUCUUCGAUGAUGGCCCCCAGGACGACGAGGGCACACCCUGGGGCGACCUCUUCCGCGCCGGCCUCGACGCAGACAAGUUCGAGCGUGCCAUCUGCAUGUCCCGCGACACGGGGGUAGUCAUGGGCGAGUACUCUCACCGACACGGGUAUCCCGACGCCGAGGACGAGUGCUUCACCAACCCCAAAAGAUCAUGGCGCGCACGACAAUUCAUCGCACAGGUGUACGUCGGCAACUCGCUCGGCAUGCUAAACUACAGCGUCCGGUUCAUGCAGACGGUCGACGACAUGGACGCAAACGGCUUCUACACGGGGCGCGAGGAGCUCGUGGUCCCGUUCGUCGCGCUGCGGUACCCGAAUACGGUCUUCUCGGUGCCGUACUUCCGGCUUCCGCCUCACCUGGACUACCAGUGGCAGUUCCCGAUGAAGUUUGUGUUUUCUCGGGUGGGAGGCCCGAAGUCCGUCCCGCCUAUUGUCGAUCCUAUUUCGACUUUGUACUGCAAGGGGUAUACCCCGAGACGUCCGAAUAUGCCGGCUGGGGGUAUUUAUGAGGACCCGAGGAAGGAUGAUGAGGAAGAGUAGGCUUGACGAUGGGGGUACUCCUGAUAAUGCUUUACCUAGGUAGAGUCCCACUAAUUUAUAUGUUAUGAUAUUAUAAGAUGUUAGGGAUCGUGUUGCACGGAGUGGGAGACAAGGAC